ACUACAAUUGAUAAAGCAGGUAAAAUUGGCACAGAUCGUGUUGAUGCCAUUUGAUAGUUUCACAAGAUUGUUGGUCGCUAAAGCAUUAACACUGCGAAAAUGAGAGGAAUCCUCCUAUGCAGUUGGAUUAUGAUAUAUAUUCUUGAGUGUUUUGUUCGAGUCGACGGAGCAACAACGUCUUGCCCAGAUGAUUAUUUGUCAUUUCGUGGAUCUUGCUAUCACUUCGGGCACACGCCUUACAACUUCGUUGAAUCUGAACACUAUUGUCAGCAACUGGGUGGUCACCUUGUUCAUAUAGACAGUGCUGAUGAGAAUGACUACAUCAAAGGGCAACUUGAAUUUAUGAAAUCUCACGAAUGGUGGAUUGGCCUGAUAAGAGUGGACGGUCAUUUCAUGUGGAGAAACGAUAACUCUUCUGUCACUUUUACUGAUUGGGACAUUGGUCAGCCAAAUGGCGGACCAAAUGAAUGUGUAGCUUUUUAUAACCCACACCAAAGCUACAAAUGGCAUGAUGGUCCCUGCGAUGGCGGAUCAUCUACCUACCCGAUCUGUGAGACGAGCCCACCAGAUCGGCCGGCGCCAAUCGGCAAAUGAAGGUCACCAGUGCGUGAUAUGACUUCGCCUACUUAUGUUACAAGGAAAAUUAUGUAUCCUACGUUUUACUGUAACAUAGCGAAUAAAUAUCGAAUGGCUA